ACUCACUUUCAUAAUCUUUAUAUCUUGCCAACUAAUCUUAUCAUCACUUUGAUAUAAUUCAUUGAUUUUUUAAGUCUCUUGAGAAAUUAGUCUCAUUAUUUUUUUAAUUUCGUAAAUCUUUACAUCUUGAAGGUUAGUCUUCUCAUCAUGGCUUUUAAUACCCGUGGAGUUUCAAUUAUAAGGAAGCUCCUCGUCUCAGCGGCGACGCUACCACCACUGGCCUCGGCAGCGGCGCCACAAUGCGAGUUGAAGUAUGAGGGAGGGUGUCGCGACAAGGCGGAGGCGCUCAAGUUGAAAAUCGUGGCCAUAUUCUGCAUACUGGUGACCAGUAUGAUUGGCAUUUCGCUCCCGUUGUUCUCCCGCGCAGUUCCUUCACUGCACCCUGACCGCGACGUGUUCGUCCUCGUCAAGGCUUUCGCUUCGGGCGUGAUACUCUCUACCGGUUACAUGCACGUGAUGCCGGACUCCUUCGAUGACCUCACAUCGAUGUGCUUGCCGGAAAGACCCUGGCGGAAGUAUCCGUUCACUACUUUCAUCGCCAUGCUCGCCGCGGUCUUCACUCUCAUGGUUGAUUCCUUCUCCAUUAAUUACUUCAGGAAGAAGCUUACUACUUCUACCGCUGAAUCCACCACAGCUUCUUCCCUUGAAGCCGGCGAGAACAAGGAAGGAGACAUGUUCGGUCAUGGACAUUGUCAUGGCCAUGUAAAUGGACAUCGUGGAGAUGGGAUGAGCGUGAAUGGGGAACAGUUGCUGCGUUACCGUGUUGUGGCUCAGGUGUUGGAGAUGGGGAUUGUGGUGCACUCGGUGGUGAUUGGUUUGUCAUUGGGAGCUUCGUUGAACCCGUGCACGAUUAGGCCUCUCAUUGCUGCGCUCUGCUUUCAUCAAUUGUUUGAAGGAAUGGGCUUAGGUGGAUGCAUACUUCAGGCUGAAUAUGGAAUGAAGGUGAAGGCUAUAAUGGUCUUCUUCUUCUCGGCAACGACGCCGUUUGGGAUCGCGUUGGGGAUCGGAUUAUCGAACGUGUAUAGCGACGCGAGUCCAACUGCGCUUAUUGUGGAAGGGAUUCUGAACGCUGUUUCGGCGGGGCUUUUGAAUUAUAUGGCACUUGUUGAGUUGUUGGGCGCUGAUUUCAUGGGGCCCAAGUUACAAGGCAGAACAAAUGUCAUGGCUUGGGCUUUUGUGGCAGUUUUGCUUGGGGCAGGGGGCAUGUCAGUGAUGGCAAUAUGGGCGUAGAUACUAGAUACUGAAAAUUUUGCAUAUUGUAGACGUAGAAUAAAGUCAUUGUUAGUUGUAUGAAAAAAGGAAAAAAAUAAAUAAAGUCUUUGUUAGUUG